CCAUCACACGCCAAAUCCGGCUACUACUUUCACUCUGUGCUCUACGCUCAGAGCUUAUGGGUGCCUGAUGGAUUCCGCUGACGCCUACGAUCACAUGAGACUAUCUUCUAUAAGCUUUGAAAAAUAACUAUCAGCAGUCCACAAAUGGUUUUCAAGCUUUUUUGGCUCCGAACCCUGGAGGUUUGGUUAACUGCACGGCUGCUGGCCAGCCCGACAUUUCACAGGAUGGUCGGAAGAGUCCACCAAAAGGUUCAACACCUCAGGCACGGUGUACCUCCCGAGGAAAUGGGAGGUACCAAGCUUGAAAAGAAUGGUCCCGGCCUCAAACAGCUUUUCCAAUACUUCAAAGAAGAAAUCAAAGAUCAGCUCAAGGGCAAGCCGCCGAAUAAACUAUGAACCCGACUUUACCAGAUUCUAGAUAUCUCACGUCACGAGUCGAUGUACGAUAUUGUUUUGUGAUGACCUACAAUGAUACCCAUCCAUCGCUUUCUCUGCUUUGGCUUCCCCCGCCUCAUUCGCGAUAAACUGUCUAUACCGUUGAGCUUUGGCUAGACCGGAUAAAGAUUGGGCUGCAGAUUUCCUCGCGCCGUGAGCUGCAACCCUCAUUCCAUCCGAAGAAGAAGGUCUUGCUUCAUUCCGCUUUGCCCAGCCGAUUUAUAUGGACUGUUUGGCUAGGCUUUGAAGUUCGAAGCAUAUAUACAUGGAUAGUACUACUCAUGUUGAUUUCUUCAACGUGUAGCUUAGUGUUGACGACAAAUGAAACGAACCCAUUUC